AUGUCCAUCCGUAGAGCGGCAGGGCACCUGCCCUCGCGCUCCGUGCAUCUGCGCAUCGUGCCGCGGCCAGCCAACCUCUCCGAAAGCCGCGAGAUCUUCCGCGUGCUGCAGCGCUUCGGCGAGAUCAACACAUACAAGCACCUGCGAUACGAGUACCACAAUCCAGCAGACAAUGUUGCGUUAGCCAUCUACCGCACCCCCGACGCUGCGCAACAAGCCCUCAACGCCUCGCCCCUCCGCUUCGCGCUCGAGCGCGAGGUAAGCAGCACCGAACCCUCCUACAGCACCGAAGACGCAGAAGAAGACCCGUCCACCCUCCCACUCGCAACUUUCACCGACAUCUCCGACAUGACUAGUCCAAGCAAACUCCUCCACCGCACGCCCCCCUCCACCGCAUCAACGCCGCCCUCACAGCCCGCACCGAUGCCCUUCUCCGCAGCUCCGCCCAAGACCACGACAACAAAAUGGUUCCAAAUCACCGUCGACCGGUCGCGCGCCGUACAUCAAGACUUCGUCGAGCGACAGCCGCUGUGGAAGCAGUUCAGCCCGAUGAAGAGCAUGGCGCAGGAGGACUUGAGCAAGAUCGUGCCGCAUGUGGGGUUGUCUGAUGUGACAAAGAGGCCGCCGAAUGCGCAUCGGACGCCGAACAAGGUGUUGAGGAGUAUGGGGAAGUAUGUUGAGGGGGGGAUGCCGAGUCUGAGGGGGUUGUGGGAGGAGGCUCAGAACAAGAGCCAGACUGGACGACCGUAA